GUUUGGUCGCAAAAGAACGACAUCGGGGUUAUUACUACUAGGAGGACUGUCCGGUUUGGUUGUGGCAGCUGCAGAGAUUAGUGACCUGGAUAUAAAAGACCAACUGAUCAAUGGAUUUGCGUUGGCGGCUAAGCUAUGUGUUGCAUCAGGUUGGGCCUCCCUUAUGUUACUGACUACAGAAACCUACCCCACUGUUGUAAGGAACAUCGGAUUUGGACUUCAUAAUUCUAUUUCACGUGUGGGAGCAAUGAUUGCACCAAAGAUUGUUUAUCUG